CUCAAACAAAAUACAUUUAUAUCAACAUUAUUCUAGUACCUUGUUUGAAUAUGAAACAAAUUAAAUAUGUUAAAAUUUUAACAGAAAAAAAUGAAGUGUGCUACAUGGCUCUCAUGCAAAGCCUUUGCUCCAUGCAUUCCCAUUUGGCAACACGUUGCGAACUGAGCUUUCCUUUACUCUCACUUAAUUUCAUUUAUAUACUCUUCCGUAACUCGUCAGAGCUCUCUAUCCUUAUCUCAAACAUUUAUCAUUCCUUUGAUAUAUAUCAUCAUGGAUUCCCGUUAUUCUCAAGCACCGCGCCAGAACCAACAGUACGGCCGGGAUACCGGCAAGAACCUGAACCUCCUCCCUGAAAAUGGUCCGUCCACUGGCCAAGUCCUAGCCAUCGUAGCCCUCAUCCCGAUUGGAACCAUCUUCCUCGGCUUGGCCGGCAUCUCCUUCCUGAUCUCCAUGAUUGGGCUCGGUCUCAGCUUGCCGGUUUAUCUCCUCUUCAGCCCAGUUCUGGUGCCGGCAACCAUGGUGAUCGGCCUCGCCGUCACCGGAGUUCUCACUUCGGGAGCUUUCGGGAUCACUGGAUUACCGUCUCUCUGGCGCCUCAUCAACUACUUCAGCCAAGGGAGGUCGUCCAUAAUGCCAGCUGAGAAGAUGGACUAUGCAAAGAAGGUCAUGCAGAAUGCUAUGGUUCAAGUCGGACAGAAGACUCAAGAUGUUGGUCAGACAAUUCAAAACAAGGCCUAAUAUGAUGAGUCCCGG